UCGUUACAAAGCACUCCUAAUGUCCAAUCUCAUUCCCAGCCUUCCAAGUGGGCCGUACUAUGGGGAAUGGUAGAUACAACAGUGUUUGUUGGGUGUCAUAAUGUUUGCCGAGAAGUUGAAAGACAAAUAUAAGAAGCUCUGGCUUAAUUCCAGCAUCAUCUAUUCCUCGGAAGUUCUGUCAAUUCUCAGUAGAAGGAGAAGAUCGUGAGUAUGGGGAAGUUCACAUGCUCAGUCUAUGGGAAGUGCUUGUACAGGGUGCUGCUGCUGGUGGUCUUUAUGUGGCGUGUUGCUUCUCAGUCCAUUGUCGAGUACCUUCCAGGCUACCCAGGGAAGCUCCCCUUCAAGCUUGAAACAGGGUACAUUUCGGUGGAAGAUUCCGAGCUGUUCUACUAUUUUAUAGAGUCGCAAGGGAACCCGAAAGAGGACCCCAUCUUGCUGUGGCUUACCGGAGGCCCCGGUUGUUCUUCGUUCCAUUGUCUUAUCUACCAAAUCGGUCCAAUGGAGUUUGAUAUCGAAAACUAUGCGGGAGGACUACCAAGGCUGCAACCUUAUGAAUACGCAUGGACGAAGACAGCUAGCAUUAUAUUUCUCGACUCACCAGUGGGUACUGGGUUUUCCUAUUCGACUACUGCUGAAGGUUGGUACACUUCAGACUCGAAAUCCGCAUCACAAGCAUAUCAGUUCCUGAGGAAGUGGAUGGUAGCGCACCCUCAAUACCUUGCAUUACAAUUAAUUAUUGGCGGAGAUUCUUAUUCAGGAAUGAUUGUUCCGGUCGUCACCAAAUAUGUUGUGGAUGGUAACAAAGAUGGAGUGAAUCCACAUCUCAAUCUCAAGGGGUACAUCGUCGGAAGUCCAAGAACAGACUCAGUUAUUGAUGAAAACUCAAAGAUUGUCUUUGCCUAUCGAAUGGCACUUAUUUCUGAUGAACUCUAUGAGGCAGCCAAAAAAAGUUGCAAAGAGAACUACGUGAAUGUUGACCCAUCGAACACAAAGUGCACAGCCACCCUUGAAAUCAUCGAAAGGUGCGUCAAGGAUAUAUACAAGAACAACAUCUUGGAACCAAAGUGCGUAUUUGCAUCUCCAAAGAUGGAUCCCGAAGUGGGUCAUCGAUCAGUGCUAGAGAAGCCAGCGGAGUUCAUACUUUCACCUCCUAGAAUUCCCGACUUGUGGUGUCGGAAUUUUAACUAUGCUAUGUCCUACUGGUGGUCCAAUGAUAUUCAAGUUCAAAAGGCUCUGAACGUGCGACCGGGGACUGUACUGGAUUGGAAGAGGUGCAACAAAAGCUUAGCGUACACGAAAGAUGUCCCGAGCGUCGUGUAUGUUCACAAGGAACUCAGUAAACUUGGGUUGGAACUACUGGUCGAGUGUGGGGACCGUGACAUGGUUGUUCCAUAUGUUGGUACCGUGAAUUGGAUAACAUCUCUGAACUUAACCGUUGUAAAUGACUGGAGAUCAUGGCUUGUUGACGGCCAGAUUGCAGGAUAUACGAAGAAGUACUCGGAACACGGGUUUCGUUUAACUUACACGACUAUCAAGGGCGCAGGGCAUCCCGCUCAGGAGUACUAUCGAAGAGAAUGCUAUGAAAUGUUCAACAGGUGGAUCCACUACUAUCCUAUGUAAGAUCGACCCCUCUGGAGUUCGAUCCCAAGCAUGUCCCGAGGCUUUAGAAGUUUUCAUAUUUGCCCACAUUGAUGAUGAUGAUGAGCUUCACAUAACUAAAAUAACUAGUUAGAACGUCAUGCGCAAAGUUGUAUUAUACAACAGUUAAUGAGGAUGUAUUACAACUGUUGGAAAAUACAAUAUAAAUUUAUAAUAUAAUUAUAAUAUUUUAAGUUGUU